GCUUCCCGCCGGAGGCUUUUGCGGAACUCCCCGGGUCCCCGGAGGGGGAGGGGGGCCAGUGGCGGCAGCUGGGGCUGCAGAAGCAGCCCAGGGGUCCGGAAGUCAACAUCAUGUCGAGUCUGCACAAGAGCCGGAUUGCCGAUUUCCAGGAUGUCCUGAAGGAGCCUUCCAUUGUGCUGGAGAAGCUUCGAGAACUCAGCUUUAGUGGCAUUCCCUGUGAGGGCGGACUGCGGUGCCUCUGCUGGAAGAUCCUCCUGAACUACCUCCCUUUGGAGAGAGCCUCAUGGACUUCCAUCCUGGCCAAGCAGAGAGGGCUCUAUUCUCAGUUCCUGAGGGAAAUGAUCAUCCAGCCUGGCAUCGCCAAGGCCAACAUGGGUGUAUCCAGGGAGGACGUGACCUUCGAAGAUCAUCCCCUCAACCCGAACCCUGAUAGCAGGUGGAACACGUAUUUUAAGGACAACGAGGUGCUACUGCAGAUUGACAAAGAUGUCCGGAGGCUGUGCCCAGAUAUAUCCUUCUUCCAGAGAGCCACCGAAUACCCCUGCCUCCUCAUCCUGGACCCGCAGAAUGAGUUCGAGACCCUUCGGAAACGGGUGGAGCAGACAACACUGAAAUCUCAGACAGUGGCCCGGAACCGGAGCGGGGUCACAAAUAUGAGCUCCCCACACAAGAACAACGCACCACCAGCCCUGAAUGAGUAUGAGGUUCUGCCCAAUGGCUGUGAAGCCCACUGGGAGGUGGUGGAGCGGAUCCUGUUCAUCUAUGCCAAGCUCAACCCUGGCAUCGCUUACGUGCAGGGCAUGAAUGAGAUCGUGGGUCCCCUGUACUACACUUUUGCCACUGACCCGAACAGCGAGUGGAAAGAGCACGCUGAAGCUGACACCUUUUUCUGCUUCACCAACCUCAUGGCUGAGAUCCGAGACAACUUCAUCAAGAGCCUGGAUGACUCCCAGUGUGGCAUCACCUACAAGAUGGAAAAGGUGUACUCCACCUUGAAGGAUAAGGAUGUAGAACUCUACCUGAAACUGCAAGAGCAGAAUAUCAAGCCCCAGUUCUUUGCCUUCCGUUGGCUGACACUCCUGCUGUCGCAGGAGUUCUUGCUGCCUGAUGUCAUCCGGAUCUGGGACUCACUCUUUGCCGAUGACAACCGCUUUGACUUCCUCCUCCUGGUCUGCUGUGCCAUGCUCAUACUGAUCCGGGAGCAGUUGCUGGAGGGGGAUUUCACUGUCAACAUGCGGCUUCUGCAGGAUUAUCCCAGCACAGACGUCUGCCAGAUCCUACAGAAAGCCAAGGAGCUCCAAGACUCAAAGUAACCUGGUGGCAAGAGGCCCAGGGUUGGAAGAGCAGCCACCUGCACAUCUGGUUUGUGGGACACAGAGGAGUCAGUGGGAAAGCAGUGAGGACAAGCCACAGACCUGGCCAGCUCCAGGCUUCCCAACCUGGCUCCGGUGGUCCAGGCUACUCCUGAGCACACUGUGCUGUGCUCCUUCCCAGUGCUUGGCCCUGCCGCCCUCCCUGCACUUGAGUCCUGAGGCCUCCACCCAGACUGCUAAGCAGCGCGGGAGCUCCUGAACUGGGUUCCUGGGACUGGGGCCAUUUGAGGCACAGGAGGCUGGCAAGGGUUCUGCCAUGCCUCUGCCCAGUAGCUCCCUUUGUGCUCUCAUCUUCCCCUGGGUCCUGGUCAGGGGAGGUAAUUGGCUAAUGGGCCAGAAACCAUUUCUGAGCAUUGGUGCUCAAGCUACUUGGGGAAGGGACCCCAGAAGAGCUGAGAGACUGCCAGUUCUAGGUUCACCUUUUGUCUCCCCUGUCCGGUGCAUUUGCUCAUGGUCGGGGUGUCCCCCAGGUGUCUCUGCUCCAGUGUGUGUAUGUACACGUGUGUUCACACAUGCCCUGGAAGCGGAGUGGGCAUGUUGGAAUCCCUCUGAGGUCCUGCUUCCUUUCUUCUGUGUCUCUACCUCUGCUGUCUCCCUCUUCCUCUGCCAGAGGUGUGUAUGGCUCCUGCCGUUCCUUCCUCUCCAUGUCUCUCUACCCUUUGCCUGGAGCACCUUACCCCAAAUCUCUUCCUCUCUCUUCUCUGCUUCCUGAAGCCAGCAGUCAGAAUGAGAAGUGUGGCUUAGUAAGACCCCUGCAGGCCAACCUUGGCUUGGGCACCCUGUUCCCGUCCCCAACCCAAGGUUCAAGGUCCUCUCACCAGAGAGGGAAUCACAGUGGCUCUUCAGAGGGCCUGCUCUGCUUGAGGAAGCCAAGUGCUGCUGACAUGGUGGCCUGUGACACUCGGGGCCUCUUGCCCAUUGUUUGCCCAACUGUGGAGAAAGGAGGGAGGAGGAGUCUUGUAAGGGCCUCCCUGGAGACUCAUCAUCUCAGAGACCAAGGAUGUCCCGCUGGGCUGUGUCUGGGAGCUGGAAUCUGAGCAUCUCAGCAGAGCUGGCAUCCCUUGGCUUCCAAGUUCCUGCCCACGGAGUAUAAGUCUCAUCAAGGGCAAAGGACCAAAGGAUGCCUCUCUGUGGCCAGCAUUGGCUGAAGGCCUGGAGCUUCUCAGUGCCAGGAGAGCUACAUUUGUAGCUGUGCUCCUGCAGGGGCUGCAGAGGUGCUUGGGCUGUCUUCUGGCUUUGGGGACACAGUGCCUGAGCUACACCCUGUUCAGCAAGUAGACUUUUCCUAACCUUGUCCCUCCCUCCCUCCUUUUCUUUUUUUUUUUUCUUUUUUUUCUUUUUUUGGUUUUUCGAGACAGGGUUUCUCUGUGGCUUUGGAGCCUGUCCUGGAACUAGCUCUGUAGACCAGGCUGGUCUCGAACUCACAGAGAUCCACCUGCCUCUGCCUCCCGAGUGCUGGGAUUAAAGGCGUGCGCCACCACCGCCCGGCGCUCCCUCCUUUUCUGUGGAGGCCAGGUGGUUUGAGUCCUGAAGGCAGGUCGACAGCAGGGGAGGGGAGACCUCACCCUCUCAGACUGGCCAGCAGGAACUAGGCUCCAGCAGCUGCCACCCGAAGCCUCCUGAGACCAGCUGCAGGGCUCCCUGCCUUCCCAAGCCGCUGCUCUAGUAAACUUCCUUGGGUGCUGCUGGGACUCUGUCUGCCUUUUUGCUACCAUCUCCCCCAACAUAGAAUAUUUGGGUGAUUUUUUUUUUAACUAUUUAUUUAGACAUGGGCUAUUUAUUGCAGAUUGGCAAGUGAGUUGGGCUGUGCGCGGGUUUUAGUGACUGGGGUGAUAGAAUUGGAGGCAUGGAUUGUCUUAAUUUCCCAAGGUUAAUCCUGGCACCCUCUCCUGUUCCUGGCUGGGAAGGCUGCCAGCUCUACUAGAACUGAGUACAGGGAGGCCCGAGCUGGUGCAUUUGCUGUACUCAGAGAUCCAGGACAUACACUCCCACCAUCCUGGUCUCCCCUUAAUGUAGGGCUUGUCAGCGGGUAGUUCAGCCCCAGCAUUGACCUCUUCAUUGCCUGGAAGCCAGCAGACACUGCCUGGGACACCUACUGCAUUUAUUCCCUCUUGCCAAUCCUCCUUCCCUUGCUCUCUCCCUCCCUCUCUUCCUGGGACCAUGCUACUGGAAUCACUGCAUCCGAUUUGUUUCUGUGGGAGACCUGCAUCCUGUGCCCACUCCUUGACCCUGGAGAUGAAGGCCAAGGGCAUGGAAUGGAGGCUGUCUGGAUAGUGUGGCUCCCCAGUCGGGUGCUGCCUAAGGAAAAAACUUGCCUGUGGUGAUUCUUAAGGGAGAACCAGAGUCUGAAUUCAGCAGCUUCCACGUGGGGUGGCCCCAGGAGCUUGGCAGGUCACCCCUGGGGGACCAGACAGCAGUGGCUUUUGUGUUUUCAUCCAUUCUCUGAGUCAGUGCUGUUGAUGAGUUGUCUUUAAUAAACCGUGUGCUCUUUACCAUG